CAGAAUGCACCGCGGUUGUCAUACAGUCGUGUGCUACUAGUGAGUGGCGAAGAGCCGACUGAGAGACGGGCUGGCUUGCUCUCUUUCAGUGCUUCAGUCAUGGACCAAGACAACAAUUCAGAGGAUGAAUCAGUUGGACCAUCAGAGGAUCCUUCAGAAGAGGAGCUACCAUGCCUCCCUCCAGGGCUCUCGGAUGCAGAGGCGAUGGAACUGCUGUGGCAGGUGCGAGCCCAGCGCCGCCAGUCGUCUCCUGACCUCCCGGAGACGGUCACCCGUCUGACUGCCCCUGACGGCAGCCUCCUGUACCUGGUGGGAACCGCCCACUUCAGUGACAGUAGCAAAAAGGAUGUGGCCACGACGAUCCGCGCGGUGCAGCCAGACGUAGUGGUGGUGGAGCUGUGCCAGUACAGGGUGUCUAUGCUGAAGAUGGACGAGAAUACACUGCUGAAGGAAGCCAAGGACAUCAACCUGGACAAGGUUCAGCAGGCCAUUAAACAGAAUGGGGUCAUGUCUGGCCUGAUGCAGAUUCUCCUGCUGAAGGUUUCGGCUCACAUCACAGAGCAGCUGGGCAUGGCUCCUGGAGGAGAAUUCAGGGAGGCUUUCAAAGAGGCUGGGCGAGUACCUUUCUGCAAGUUCCACUUAGGGGACCGGCCCAUCCCUGUGACUUUCAAAAGGGCCAUUGCUGCUCUCAGCCUGUGGCAGAAGGCCCGUCUGGCCUGGGGUCUCUGCUUCCUGUCUGACCCCAUCAGUAAGGAGGACGUAGAGAAAUGCAAACAGAAGGACCUGCUGGAGCAGACCAUGUCAGAGAUGAUUGGCGAGUUUCCUGCUCUCCACCAGACCAUUGUAGCCGAAAGAGACAUCUACCUCACACACACGCUCCGCCAGGCUGCACGCUGUGUGGAGGCUCCCCCUAAUGCCCAGAAAGUGCCUGCUGUGGUGGUGGGAGUGGUCGGGAUGGGUCAUGUCCCUGGAAUAGAAAGAAACUGGGACAAGCAGCUCAACAUUCAUGAGAUCAUGAGUGUUGCACCUCCAUCACGGUUCGGCCAGGUUUUAGUCACAGUCAUAAAGGGUGUCAUGAUAGGAAUGCUGGGAUAUGCUUGCUACCGCGCUGGAGGGGGUGUGGGUCGAGCCCUAAUGUCUGUACCUGCUGUCAAAUCAGUAAUGGAAAAUCUCCGGCCGCCCUCCGCUUGACCACGGUCCUCCUCCUAGCUCCUGCAUCCACGACACGACCCUUGAAAUAUGAAAACAAUGCAUCUAUCACCAAUGGCCUUAACUACAGGAGGUGAGGCUGGAGGAGAGGGUUCACCAGCCCAUGCUAUGAACUAACAAGGACCUCAGGGGGCCCGAGGGCCUCCCACCUCGUGUUGAUGUCCCAGCAGACACAGCGGGGUUGUACUGCCAAAGAAACCAUGACAGUACUCUUAGUUUCUAUCAUAUUUUGAGCAAAACCUGUAUUUUGUAAGGUUAACAAAUGCCAACAAUUCUUUUUUUUCAUAGAUUUACAUUUUCCCACCAUUCCUUUUUGUGACAAACAGUUUUUAAGAUGACUCAUGACUUUUUUUCUCGGCAUGAGUGAUUCCUUUGACAAGCACCAUCUUCAGGCUGUAAGAGGUAUCAUCAUCAGCCACCUGCCCUGAUGUGACUCUGAGCCAUUUUCUGAGGGGCACACUUUUCUAAUACCGUCUUGUUAGUCCUGUCUAGAUCCUGGCGCCAAGUCACCGACCCAAAAUCUGGUUAAUGGCCCAUUUCAAGUCCAGCACUUUAUAAGAGAUUAGGUAGAUUCUUGUACAUACAGUCUAUGAAAGGAAAAAGUAGUCAAGAGUAAAUUAUAAUAUACAAAGUCACAUCAAGAAAUAUUUAAAAAUGCAUAGUGUGAAUAACCUGUAAAAACCUUCAAUUUAUCCAACCAGUGCUGACUUGUGGUUAGAAAGCAUUUCAUGAUCCCGGCCAAUCCACACCAACACCUUUUUAAAAUGCAAGUGUCAAAAACGCAUGAGCAUGAAACAGAAAGUCAGUUUGUUUUUCUGUAAUUCUCGAAAAAAUCAACUUUUUAAAAUUCAUCAACACAGAUUAAUUGCUCUCCCAGCUGCACGGUCGUCCCCCGCAUCAACAGACAAGUGCCUCAUAUUGCAGUUCUAAGGGCUCACGGUGAAUUUAAUGGAAAAAUCCAGAAAAGGCAAAAAUUUGUGUAAUAUGCAUCUUACACAUGCUGCAACCAAAUGGUUAAUGCAAGUUCAUAAAAUCCUGUACUUCUGUUACAUUGAUAGAUAUUUUGAAUUAAUUAUUAUAAUGUAGGCCUGUUUUUAGUGUUUACUGUUGGCCUAAAUAUGGAUGUUUAGUACAUUUUCUGUUGAGUUGAAAUGGUAUCAUGACCCCGCCCAUAUUUUAUUAUUAGUCAUACAUUCAAUGGUAAUCUGAGGUGUGAUGGAUCGGCUAAACUGUGCCUCAGGGUGGAUGAUGCAUUAACUUUGAGAUUUGUACGUUUGAUUGUAUUUCCAUGAUGAGGCACCUUCAAAUCGCUCAGUAACGGUUCAUUCUGAAGACAAAAAUAUGCACCUUGUAAAGACAGCCAUCUAUUAAAAACCUCAACAUGGGAACAUCAACAUUUUAUGAUAUGUACCAUUAUGCAUUCUAAUCAUGUCCCAGUCUCUGAUUGUAAAAUGAGAUGGGCAGGGGGAGUCGUUUGGAUGAUGCAAAAUGGAGUUGGUUUGUGUCCCUCAACUAAGGAUCGACGUUGACCGUGAUACGUUUUCUCAAUGGAAAUUCCCAUUCAGGGAAGGAUGUUGUUGUGGACUUGUUUUAUCCAGAUGAAGGAGGAAGAUGAGGAGGAGGAGUGAGAUGGGUCAGGGUUGGGAGGUAAAGCCUUACACUGCUGUCACUGCUGCUGCCUUUGACCCUCAGAUUGCCUCCGUGGCUGAGGCUUGUUCUCAUUAAUGCUGAUCUUUGUCCCCAGUGCAUUGUGUGUUGUACAUGUAUGAACUCUGACAGGAUGAUAUCCCUGGGUUUUUGUCUCUAAUUUGGGAAGUGUUUUGCAUAGUACAGCAGUCUGAAUGAGAUAUUUCUGUGCAUACAAGGCUAUAAACCAUUACUGAUUUUGAAGGUGUUGAUUUUCAGACAUAAUUUCAAAUCUGAACUGAAUUGUGUGUGCAGUACUAUAAUCCUGUAAUCCUCUAGAGGUAUUUAUGGGAGAUAUUAAAUGAUAGUUUGAUUACUAGCUUACAUUUGUAAAAUGGAUCAGUGAGUUACUGGGAAUUUUAAUGAUUCAAACUGUGUGAUCUCACAAUUUCUUACAAAGAUAUUUAGCCUCAGUGCAAAGUAUCCAGCACAUGAAAUUACCCCUGUCUCGCAGCAGUAUUAUGCAGUCGAAAUCAACUAUUUCUGUUUCCCCACUUUUUUAAUUUCCCAAGGUGUGAUCUGUAUUUGAGUGUUGUCAAGAGGAAACUGUAUGAAUGCCUGUAUUUGUUGUCUCCAACAAGGUUUCCCCUUUAUCCUUUGGUAGUAUUGUCAUUAACAAACCAAACAUUGAAGCCUAAAUUAUAUAUUGAAUUAUACAACGUUUCAAGUAAAGAUAAACUAUAGUUGCCUAAGAUAA